CUUUAAACAGCAGGUUUUGCCACUUGUUGUUCUGUUAAUAUUUUAUUUAUUUAUUUUUAAGUUUUUUAAGUACAAUGUGUAGAAAUCUUAUCCCCAACAUUUUAUUAAAAAUGCCAGUAAAGUAUAAUUUAGGCAAGAUCUUUAUACAUACCUGAAAACAAAUUCUUGAAUUAAAGUUACUCUGUUGAUAAUUUUGUAAUAAUAAUAUAUUUUAAAUAAUAUUGGUGUAAUGUGAUUUUGUUAUUAAAAAAAAUAUUGACUCAAAUAUUAACAAAAUGGGAGAAAUAGCGGGUUCAGCUAGUUUCCUUCAUCUCGGUGAUAUUGUUUCUUUAUUUGCUGAAGGAAUCACAUCUGGUUUUCUCAGCACUUUAGGGUUGGUGGAUGAUCGAACUGUGGUUUGUCCAAAGGCAGGAGAUUUAUCAAACCCUCCAAAGAAAUUUCGAGAUUGUCUAUUUAAAAUAUGUCCUAUGAAUCGAUACUCAGCCCAGAAACAAUUCUGGAAAGCUGCUCGACAGAAUGCAAAUGCAACUUCUUCUACAGAUGCUGUUCUUCUCAAACGGUUACAUCAUGCUGCAGAAAUUGAAAAGAAACAAAAUGAGUCAGAAAAUAAAAAACUUCUUGGUACUGUUGUGCAGUAUGGUAAUGUUAUUCAGCUUUUGCAUUUAAAGUCAAACAAGUAUUUAACUGUAAAUAAAAGACUGCCUGCACUUCUGGAGAAAAAUGCUAUGCGUGUAUAUCUAGAUGCAAAUGGAAAUGAAGGUUCUUGGUUUUAUAUUUUGCCAUACUACAAACUAAGAACAACUGGUGACAAUGUGGUUGUUGGAGACAAAGUUAUUAUGAACCCUGUUAAUGCUGGCCAACAGGUGUUGCAUUUUUCAGCCAACUGCGAUCUUCCUGACAAUGUUGGUUGUAAAGAGGUGAAUGUGGUGAAUUCCAACACUUCAUGGAAGGUUAAUUUGUUUAUGGAACAUAUUGAGAAUAUGGAUGAAAUAUUAAAAGGUGGUGAUGUUGUACGGUUAUUUCAUGCUGAACAAGAAAAAUUCUUAACUAUGGACGAAUAUAAAAAGAAGCAACAUGUAUUUUUAAGGACGACUGGUAGAACAUCAGCUACUGCAGCCACUAGUAGUAAAGCAUUGUGGGAAGUAGAGGUUGUACAACAUGACCCCUGUCGAGGAGGUGCAGGCCAUUGGGAUUCAUUAUUUCGGUUCAAACAUCUUGCUACUGGUCACUAUUUAGCAGCCGAAAUAGAUGAAGAUACAUCAGAUGAUUAUAUGAGGUCAAAACUAAGAGGAGAUCUCCAUGGAAGCCCUGUUUAUCAUUUAGUAUCUGUGCCACAUACUAAUGAUAUUUCAUCAUUAUUUGAGUUGGACCCUACCACUCAUACUAGAGGUGACUCCCUUGUGCCGCAAAGCUCUUAUGUUCGAUUGCACCAUAUUUGUACAACCACAUGGGUCCAUAGUACUUCAAUACCAAUUGAUAAAGAUGAAGAAAAACCAGUAAUGUCUAAGGUUGGAUGUGCUCCAUUGAAAGAAGAUAAAGAAGCUUUUGCUCUUAUACCAGUUUCACCUACUGAGGUGAGAGAUCUCGAUUUUGCGAAUGAUGCAUGUAAAGUUCUUGCAUCAAGCUCAGCAAAAUUAGAAAAAGGGACUAUUUCACAAAAUGAUAGGAGAUCACUCACCAGUUUGCUCCAAGAUAUAGUUUACUUCAUAGCUGGUCUUGAAAAUGAACAGAACAAAAGUGAAGCAUUAGAUCUGGUUGUUACCAACCCUAACAGAGACCGUCAGAAACUUUUAAGAGAACAAUAUAUUUUGAAGCAGUUGUUCAAGAUACUUCAAGCACCCUUCUUAGAAUCUAAUUCUGGUGAAGGACCAUUUUUACGUAUUGAAGAACUUAAUGACCCCCGUCAUGCUCCUUACAAGUACAUGUUUCGUUUGUGUUAUAGAAUAUUAAGAUUAAGUCAGCAAGAUUAUAGAAAAAAUCAGGAAUAUAUUGCAAAACAUUUUGGUUUCAUGCAAAAACAAAUUGGCUAUGACAUUUUGGCAGAGGAUACUAUAACUGCACUUCUACAUAACAAUAGAAAACUUCUUGAAAAACACAUAACCGCAGCUGAAAUAGAAACAUUUGUUGGCUUAGUUAGAAAAAAUAUGAGUAAUUGGGAAUCUCGUUUUCUAGACUAUUUAUCUGAUCUCUGUAUUUCGAAUAAGAAGGCAAUAGCUAUUACUCAAGAACUAAUUUGUAAAAGUGUUCUUAGUGCUAAAAAUUCUGAUAUACUUAUUGAGACAAGGAUGGUAUCUGAUUGCUCUGAAGAAGAUCCAUCAACUUAUAGUAAUCCUGUUGCUAGUGAGGGAACUGUUGUACUAUUUUGGGAUGACAGACAGAAAAGCCAGUCAUUAGUUUCAUUAUCACAGAGUGGAAAACUAAGUAGUAGAACUAGUAUUGCUUUGCUGGAUUAUUAUCGUCAUCAGCUCAAUCUAUUCUCUAAUAUGUGCCUUAACCGUCAAUAUUUGGCACUUAACAAUCUCUCUCCACAUUUGGAUAUAGAUUUAAUUUUGAAGUGUAUGUCUGACGAAAGUGUAUCGUAUGAUUUGCGUGCAUCAUUUUGUCGUUUAAUGUUACACCUGCAUGUUGAUAGAGAUCCUCAAGAACCCGUGACACCAGUAAAAUAUGCUCGCCUUUGGUCAGAAAUACCUUCUAAAAUAUCUAUUAAUGAUUAUGAUAGUAAUCGAACUCCUGAUCCAAAUAAAGAAGUUGUGAGGGCCAAAUUUAGUUCUACUAUUAUGUUUGUUGAAGAUUAUCUUUGUAAUGUAGUUAUUAAAAUGUGGAAUUUUUCUGAUCAACAUCAAAACAAGCUCACUUUUGAAGUUGUUAAACUUGCCAGAGAACUGAUUUACUUCGGAUUCUAUAGCUUUAGUGACUUACUUCGUAUUACAAAAACACUUUUAAGUAUUCUGGAUUGUGCUUCAGAAAAUGAUAUUACUCAGAAAAUACCAACUGGUGAAAUUAACUCUGAAGGUGGUGUUUUGAGAUCCAUUGGUGACAUGGGUGCUGUGGUAACUGGUUUAACUUUGGCAACUGGCAUCACUCGUACUCAACUUCUGGCCACAGUCCCUCAUAAAUCUACCUCUCAUCAAAAAAAGGAAUAUCCGCUGGUUAUGGAUACAAAAUUAAAAAUUAUAGAAAUAUUACAAUUUAUUUUAGAUGUUAGACUGGAUUAUCGCAUUAGUUGCUUGUUGUCUAUUUUCAAGAGGGAAUUUGAUGGUUCUGAAAGAUCUUGUAGUGAUGUUCCUAUAGGUCAAAAACCAAUUGAUCUUGAAUUGAUUGGAACACAAGCAGAAGGUAUUUUUGGAAAUAGUGAAGAGUGUGAAGUUCUCGACUUGGAUGGGCAUGGUGGGAAAACCUUUUUGAGAGUGCUUCUUCAUCUUACUAUGCAUGAUUACCCUCCUCUGGUUUCAGGAGCUCUUCACCUUCUUUUCAGGCAUUUUAGCCAGAGGCAAGAAGUGUUACAGGCUUUUAAGCAGGUUCAACUUUUAGUAUCUGAUAGUGAUGUUGAAUCAUACAAACAAAUUAAAUCAGACUUGGAUGUUUUAAGACAAUCUGUUGAAAAAUCAGAAUUAUGGGUUUAUAAAUGCCGUUCAGAAGAUGGAAGUGGAACAAAAUUAAAAGAAAAAGAUGAUGAGGAUGAUGGAGGAAGUAUUGAGGUUAUUGGGAAAGGAAAAGCUAUGCUGAGUGAUACUGGAAAACAGCUAUCAGCAACUGAUCUUGAUCCUCUAUAUUCAGAUCAAGCUAAUGAAUAUAAAAAGAUCCAACAGAUUUUAAUGAGAAUGAAUGCCUUGUGUGUGACAAAUAAUAAAAAACCUAGAAAGCAUGAUCAGCGUCUUCUCAGAAAUGUUGGUGUCCAUACAGUUGUUUUAGAUCUUUUACAAGUACCUUAUGAUCAAAAAGAAGACAGCAAAAUGAAUAACCUUAUGACUUUGGCCCAUCAAUUCUUACAUAAUUUUUGUCUUGGAAAUCAGCAAAACCAAGCUCUAUUACAUAAAUAUUUAGAUUUAUUUCUUAACCCUGGUAUAUUGGAAGCUGAGACUGUUUGUAGCAUAUUUCGUGAUAACUAUACAUUGUGUAAUGAGGUUAAUGAAAAGGUUAUUCAGCAUUUCAUCCAUUGUAUUGAAACUCAUGGUCGACAUGUUCAGUAUUUGAAAUUUUUCCAAACCAUUGUCAAAGCAGAAAAUCAAUUCAUUAGGAAAUGUCAAGAUAUGGUGAUGCAAGAGUUGGUAAAUGCUGGUGAAGAUGUUCUUGUAUUUUACAAUGAUAAAGCAUCUUUCUCACAAUUUGUUUCUAUGAUGUUAUUAGAUCGACAUCGAAUGGAAGAAUCAAGCUCACUAAGAUACCACAUUGAAUUAGUUAAACUUUUAGCUUGUUGUACUAUGGGAAAAAAUGUAUAUACUGAAAUAAAAUGCCAUUCUCUUCUACCACUGGAUGAUAUUGUAGCUAUGGUUUCACACCCAGAUUGUAUUCCUGAGGUGAAAGAAGCAUAUACAAACUUUCUAAACCACUGCUAUAUUGAUACGGAAGUUGAAAUGAAAGAAAUUUAUGCCUCUAAUCACAUGUGGAGUCUAUUUGAGAAAAGUUUUAUAGUAGAUAUGGGCAUAGUUGCUAACAUGACACAUGAUAGGAAACAUGCUGAUACAGCAAUGGAAAAUUAUGUCACUAACACUGUUAUGGCCAUUAUUACUACUUUCUUUUCUAGUCCUUUUUCUGACCAAUCUACAACUGUGCAGACUAGACAACCAAUAUUUGUACAACUAUUACAUGCUGCAUUUAGAGUAUCUCAAUGUUCCUGGCUCAAUACCUCACAACAUUAUAAUGUUGAAAACUGUAUUCGAACUUUGGUGGAAGUUGCAAAAAAUAGAUCUAUAGCCAUUCCAUCUGAUUUAGAAAACCAGGUUGCAUCAAUGUUUACAAAAAGUAGUUUGCUAUCAAGACAAACAAGUAAAUGGCUCCAAGCAUCUAAAACACCUAAAAUUGAACGUUCACAAUCACAGUUGAUGCGUUUAGACAGAAGUAUUAUUGAAGGAUUACAGGAUAUUGUACUCUUACUAGAAGAUCAGUUAAAGCCACUGGUUCAAGCUGAACUUUCAUUACUCGUAGAUAUUCUUUAUAGUCCAGAAUUGCUUUUUCUUGAGGGUACUGAAGCCAGGAAGAGAUGUGAAAGUGGUGGAUUUAUUCGCAGACUUAUUAAACAUUGUGAAAAGCUUUUGGAAGAAAAAGAGGAAAAAUUGUGUGUGAAAGUACUGAAAACUUUACGUGAAAUGAUGGCAAUUGAUUUAGAAUAUGGAGAAAAGGGUGAUAUGUUAAGAGGUAGUCUCUUGACCCGGUAUUUCGGCAAACUGACUCCUAUAAGAAGAGAAACAGUCAUUAUGGACCUAAGGAUUCCUAUUCAGCCAUCAGCUUUGAUGCAUGGUCCAGGAGGAAAACUUUUAAGCCGUGCUGGUAGAACUUUACAUGAAGUACAGUGUCAUCUUGAUCGUGAAGGAGCAUCAGAUUUAGUCGUUGAAUUAGUAAUUAAAUCAGUCCAUUCUCCUUCUAUAUUUGUGGAAGCUGUGGAAUUGGGAAUAGCCUUGCUAGAGGGCGGAAAUCCUAUAAUUCAGAAAAGUAUGUACAGUAAGCUGUUGGGAGGAGAUUUAAGUCAAGCAUUUUUCAAAGUUUUUUAUGAUAAAAUGAAAGAUUCUCAGCAAGAAAUAAAAUCAACUGUUACUGUUAACACAUCUGAUUUAGCUACUAAAACACAUGAAGAUAAAGAACAAAGUAAAGAACUGGAAAAACUAAAUAAAAAAAAAGGUAAAAGUAAUGGUAUGGUUAUAACUGAUGAAUUGAGAGAAGAAUUGAAUCAAGCUGCAACAGUAACUGCCCAGGCAUAUGUUGGUGCUCGAACAUUGUUGCCAGGUGAAGAAGGUUCUUCUAUUAUUAUUGGAACUGGAAGUGCUCUUGAAGAUAUGCUUGCAGAGAAAUUAGAACGUUCAAGAGAUAGAGAUGAUCACCAUCUAUCAGAAAAAGUUUUGGUGAUGCAGCCUAUUCUUCGAUUUCUUCAAUUGCUUUGUGAAAAUCAUAACAGACAUUUACAGAAUACGCUUCGCAACCAAAACAACAAAACCAACUAUAAUCUUGUAUCUGAAACAUUAAUGUUCCUGGAUUGUAUUUGUGGCUCAACUACUGGAGGCUUGGGACUUCUUGGAUUAUACAUAAAUGAAUAUAAUGUUUCGUUGAUCAAUCAAACUCUUGAGACACUUACUGAGUACUGUCAAGGACCAUGUCAUGACAAUCAAAAUUGUAUUGCCACUCAUGAGUCAAAUGGUCUGGAUAUUAUAACUGCUUUAAUUUUAAAUGAUAUUAAUCCUCUUGGGAAAACAAGGAUGGAUUUAGUUCUAGAAUUAAAAAAUAAUGCAUCAAAACUAUUACUGGCAAUUAUGGAAAGUCGUGGUGAUAGUGAGAAUGCUGAACGGAUUCUAUACAACAUGAAUCCUAAACAGUUGGUUGACGUAGCUUGUAAAGCAUUUCAUCAAGAAAGUUUGGAGGAUAAUUUAGACUCAGAAGAUUCUGGAACUGAUGCUGAUGAAGGCGUAUCUCCGAAAGAGGUUGGACAUAAUAUCUACAUACUUUGCCAUCAGUUAGCUCAACAUAAUAAAGAUUUGGCUGCUUUGUUAAAACCAUCGGAUUUUAAUUCAGAUCCUAAAAUUAAUCAAGCAUUAGAAUAUUAUGCAUCUCAUACUGCACAAAUUGAAAUUGUUAGGCAGGAUAGAACACUUGAGCAGAUAGUUUUUCCUAUUCCUGAAAUAUGUGAAUAUAUAACCCAUGAAACGAAAGUCAAAGUUUUGCAUACAGCAGAGAGAGAUGACCAAGGAUCCAAAGUAUCUGAUUUCUUUGAGAGAACUGAUGAUAUGUUUAGUGAAAUGAAGUGGCAGAAAAAAUUACGAGGCCAACCAGCUCUUUUCUGGGUCAGCAGCUACAUGUCUCUUUGGAGCAAUGUUCUUUUCAACUGUGCAGUCCUUAUUAAUCUAAUAGUGGCGUUCUUUUAUCCAUUUUCAGAUAGUGUUCCUAAACUUGGUCCUCACUUAUCUGGGUUAAUCUGGGCUGUAAUGCUUAUAUCAGCUGCUAUAGUAAUUACUCUUCCUAGAGAAUCUGGUAUCAGAACUCUUGUUGCAUCAACUAUUUUAAGAAUGAUAUUUUCUGCUGGACCUGAACCUACUCUCUGGCUAUUGGGCACUCUUACGGUUUUGUUAAAAGGAAUACAUCUAAUUAGUAUAAUGGGAAAUCAAGGUACAUUUUCAAAAAGUGUGAAACAGAUUGUGGAAGAUGCUGAAAUUCUCUAUCAUUUAUCUUAUGUUUCUUUUUGUAUUUUGGGUCUUUGUAUGCAUCCUUUUUUUUAUAGUGUCUUGCUUUUUGAUGUUGUGUAUCGAGAAGAAACAUUGUUAAAUGUGAUUAAGUCAGUAACUAGGAAUGGUAGAUCUAUCAUUUUAACAGCUGUUCUUGCAUUGAUUUUGGUUUACAUGUUUUCCAUCAUUGGUUAUAUGUUCUUUAAAGAUGAUUUUCUUGUACGCAUUGAUAAAGAUAUGGAAGAUGAGAUAAAUCCUGGAAGGGUUGAUACCACAUGUGCUGCAGAUAGUGCAUGUAAUAGUGAAAGUUUUAUGAUGAAAGUUGCUAAUGAAUAUAGCCCUGAGUUACAUUUAGAUACAGAAGCAAAAGAAAGAGCAUGUGAUUCUUUAAUUAUGUGUAUUGUAACAACAUUAAAUCAAGGAUUAAGAAAUGGUGGAGGAAUUGGUGACAUUCUUAGAGCCCCGAGCAGUCAGGAACCAUUAUUUGUAGCAAGAGUUGUAUAUGAUCUUUUGUUCUUCUUUAUUGUCAUCAUUAUUGUGCUGAACCUGAUUUUUGGUGUUAUAAUUGAUACAUUUGCAGAUCUCAGGAGUGAAAAACAACAAAAGGAAUUGAUUUUGAAAAAUACUUGUUUCAUUUGCGGUUUAAAUAGAUCUGCUUUUGAUAAUAAAACUGUGAGUUUUGAAGAACACAUAAAAUGUGAGCAUAAUAUGUGGCAUUAUCUUUACUUCAUCGUUUUAGUGAAAGUUAAAGAUCCAACUGAAUUCACUGGCCCUGAAAGUUAUGUAUAUGCAAUGAUAAAGGAUCGAAAUCUGGAUUGGUUUCCUCGGUUAAGAGCAAUGUCUCUUGCAGCAGAUGAAAGCGAAGGUGAACAAAUUGAAUUUCGUAGUUUACAGCUACAACUUGAAACAACUCAGCAACUUGUUAAAACUUUGUCACAGCAGUUAUCUCAACUGAAAGAUCAAAUGACUGAACAAAGAAAGCAGAAACAACGAAUUGGACUUCUAAAUUCUACUUCAUCUUUUCUUCACCAUAGAGGAGAUAUGUAGGUAGUUCUUUCGAAAAAUAUUUAAAUUACUGGUAUAUUUUUUAAUUGUUUCCAUCUUUAAUGCAUGUGUUACUAGUUCAUAAGUUUUAAAAAUCUCUAUAGUUAUUUUAAUAAGUCAUCCAUUUCCAGUCAUAUAUCUAAGUUAGUUAAUAUUUAUGGUUUUAGAAAGCAUAUCGAAAGUAGUUAUGUUAGUGAAAAAUGUUAUUUAUAUCUUUUGUUUUCUAUUACUUUUACUACUCUUGUAAUAAAAUGUUCUCAUUUUCCAAUAAAAAUUACUUUGUAGUAUUUUAAAUUAAUUAAUUUAUUUAUGAUCUUGAACGAUUCUUUUUAUAUACUUACCAUUUUUUAUUCAAUUGACUUUACAUUAUUUAUUGAACUUUAUGUAUGAAUGUAUUUUUUCAUUUUUAGUGUAAUUUUUAUAUUGUUAAAUGUAAACAUUAAUCAAACUUUUAAAUAAUAAAUAACAGGUUAAAUUAUACCUGUUGAAUAUGAUUUUAACUUAGUUAUUGUUAUUUUUGUAUUUAUAUUGUUAUGAUUCUCAAUUUUAAUAUUUUUGAUGUUAUUCUAUUUAAUAUUUUAAAUCUUUUAAAACUUUUAUUAUACUAAAUUUGUUAUAUAUAAAUAUUAUUAAUUAUUUUUGGGCUCCCUAGUUGCAGUUUGAAAUAAUUAUUUUAGUAGUUAUGUUCUAGAAUAAUUAAUUAUAAUUAUCAUCAUUUUCUAAAUUGAGAUAGCUAAAAUACUCCCAUAAGUUUUAACUAGUAUCUUUUUACCAAUGUACUGUCUCAACUAACUUUGAUUAAACCUAUUCUUAAUUAAAGUUUGAGUUUGUUAGUUUUUUUAAUUAACUAAGUCAUAAAUAAAUGGUCAAUUUCCAAAAUUAAACAAAUAAACAGUUUCUUAAUCAACCCUUGAUCCUUUUGAUGUAUGUUGAAAUUGUAAUUGUUAUGGCAGCAAUCUAGCCCAAAAAUUUUAUUGAUGUUUGUUAUUAUGUUAGUCGUUACAGUAACUGAGAUUCUGUUGAUGUAUAAGUUCAUUUAAGAAUGUAUGUACUUAUACUAAGAUAAAUAAAUGAUGAGGAUCAUGUCAA